CUUAUACCAAUGUUGUGCUACUUCAUGCGCGUUGGUACUGACAGAAAAAAAAGACCAAACAAACUACGUUUUCAACUUGAAGGUUGAUAAUAAUGGCGACGGCGAUAUACCUCGAACACUACCUUGACAGUAUUGAAAAUUUGCCAUGUGAACUACAGAGGAACUUCACCCUGAUGCGGGAGCUGGACAAUAGGACAGAGGAAAAGAAGGGAGAGAUUGAUAAACUCGCUGAAGAAUACAUCACGAAUGUCCGUAACCUGGCGUCUGAGCAGAGGGUGGAGCAUCUGCAGAAGAUUCAGAGUGCCUACAGCAAAUGUAAAGAAUACAGUGAUGACAAAGUGCAGCUUGCCAUGCAGACAUAUGAAAUGGUUGACAAGCACAUCCGAAGGCUGGAUGCAGACCUGGCCCGCUUUGAGAACGAGCUAAAAGAGAAGCUGGAUGUCAGUGGUUUUGAGAGUCCUGAGAGUAGAGCACUAAAAAAAGGAGGUGGCAGAGGGCUUAAGGAUAAGCGAGGAUCCAAAGGUAGAGGAAGAAAAUGCUCAGAUGAUGACUCGCCGCGAAAGAAAAAAAUGAAAAACAGUCCUGAUUUCCAGGAGUCCCUGUUACCAGUGCACCCAUCAGAUGUCUUGGACAUGCCAGUGGACCCCAAUGAGCCCACAUACUGUUUGUGCCAUCAAGUGUCGUAUGGAGAAAUGAUUGGGUGUGACAACCCUGAUUGUCCAAUUGAGUGGUUUCACUUUGCAUGUGUGGAUCUCUCAACAAAGCCCAAAGGAAAAUGGUUUUGUCCACGGUGCACCCAGGAUCGGAAGAAAAAAUAAGAUUUCUAACUAUGACUUUUAUACGUAACUGUAUGCAUAUGUAUAUGUAUUUUGUCUGUGGUAAAAUAGGAUAUUAUGUACAGUAUAUAUAUCACUUUCUAUAUGACUAUGGUAAAGGAAAAGAGGGUCACAAUGAAACAAAACCUUUAUUUUUUAAUGUACUUGAAAUGUCUUUUGUUAAUUCAAAAAAGUUGAAUAUUGUAAUGCAAGUAAUCUGGUAUCUAUUUUAUUUUCUAUGGAAAGUGGAAGCUUACAUGUGUAUAUGUACACAGGUCUACUGAAUUAGCAGCAUAGGAUUUCUUGCUAUAUGAAAUUAAAGCACCAAAUUCAUUGCUCUUGCAACUUCAUUUAGCCUAUUUCUGUGCUGAAAUGGUUAAUGCCUCACAAUUUUCACAGCAAGUGAUGAGGAUUUAUGUUCAAAAUAUAGAUGCCAUGUGCUGUCCUGCUGGAUGUUGUAUCUUUAGAGGAAAAGAAAAUUUACUUGCUCUCAAAUUAUGAUGUGACUACUUCUGUAAAAUCCAUCCAGAUGAACAACAGCUCAUCUGCAUUGUGUGUGUAUGCGCGUGCGUGCUAUCAGCUACUGCUUUGGCAGAAUCAGACAUUUCCUCCACCAGCUUUGAUGCACUUUAAAAAAACAACAAACAAACCCAGAAUUCAUUUUCUUGAGCACUACAACCAAGGCCUGUGUUGUCAGAAGUAUCUCAGAGGACGGGUCAGGUUUCAGAUCAGCUGCCCUGCUAUGUCGUUUUGUUCAUUAAGAAUAGUCUAAAAAUGCGUGUCUCCUAUAGUGGGUGAACUCACUCCUCAAGGAAAUAAGAGGAUCAAAAAAGAAUCCAUAAAGUGUUUUUUUAACUGAAAUGCAAGUCAUCUUUGCUGGGUAGGGGCGGCACGGUGGUGUGGUGGUUAGCGCUGUCGCCUCACAGCAAGAAGGGCCGGGUUUGAGCCCCGUGGCCGGCGAGGGCCUUUCUGUGCAGAGUUUGCAUGUUCUCCCCGUAGGUUUCCUCCAGGUGCUCCGGUUUCCCCCACAGUCCAAAGACAUGCAGGUUAGGUUAACUGGUGACUCUAAAUUGACCGUAGGUGUGAAUGGUUGUCUAUGUGUCAGCCCUGUGAUGACCUGGCGACUUGUCCAGGGUGUACCCCGCCUUUCGCCCGUAGUCAGCUGGGAUAGGCUCCAGCUUGCCUGCGACCCUGUAGAACAGGAUAAAGCGGCUAGAGAUAAUGAGAUGAGAUCUUUGCUGGGUUAUUUGUGAUGUUUGUAUGCUCAUCAUAAAUUAAGAUCCUGAAAUCAAUACUCCUAUGAGAUACUUUAUAAAUGUGUUUAAAGUAACCCUAAACAGAGGUGUUUGAUUACAUCCCUGCAGUCCACAUGCUGGUCAAAGUGUGAAAAUUGUCUGCAGCAUGAUUUUUUUUUUUUAAACUGAACUAAAAAUCUAAUUGGGAAAAUAAGUUUCUGGGUUAGGGCUAUUACACCUGUGUUGUGUUUUGUAGGGUUUGAGGCACUUCUUUGCAUCUUCAUAAAAUCUGGAUUUAUUAAAUGUAUGUGCUGCUGUU